GGACAGGACAUAAUGCUGCGCUGGGUCUUGUUCGCUUUAUUGUUUGGCAUCUGUGCCAGUGCUGGAGAACAGAAGAAAAAGGCAACAAAGUCUGAGUCCAUGUCGAGAGGAUGGGGGAGCAGCAUUACCUGGAUUAAGAGUUAUGCAGACGGACUGACGAAGAUGGACAAAACUAAGAAGCCGCUGAUGGUCAUCCAUCAUAAAGAAGACUGCCCAUACAGCCAAGCACUGAAGAAGGCUUUUGUUGGCAACAAGUCCAUCCAGAAAAUGGCCAAAGAGGAUUUCAUUAUGCUCAACUUGGUUGAAGAAACUGCGGACAGAAACUUGGCCCCUGAUGGCUAUUAUGUUCCCAGAAUCCUCUUUGUUGAUCCAACCAUGACUGUAAGGAACGACAUCACAGGCAGGCACUCCAGUAAUCUGUAUACCUACCAGCCUGAAGACAUAGAACUCUUGGCCCAAAACAUGAAGAAAGCCAAACUCCUGUUGCACAGUGAACUCUAAACUGGAUCUGAUGAAUCAUUUCUCUCAGUCCCUCAGCCUCUCUGGGCUCCCUGCUCAGUGAUCUCCACUGAAGUGUUUAUGUGCUGUUAAGAGCUCAAUAAAAUAGGAACUAAUAAUAAAAAAGGUGUCUAAGUCUUUUGAAGCAAUUGUACUACCUACUGGUAAAGUACUUGGGUUUCUGAUGGAGGCUUAACUUUAUAAUUGGUAGCUUUUAGUUCAACACAAACUGCAAAAAUACUAA